UUUAAUUCCGUUUUUAAAUGGUAUCCAGGUCAAAAUUAAUUAGUUUUUAUAAGGUUAAAAAAUUAUUGUACUUCAAGGUUGAAACUUUUGAAAUAUUUCAAUAAGCGCUGGGUGUUCAUAAUCGUGCAGCCAGUUCGAAAUUGGUUUUGCAACUUGCUGAGAAGUUCUCCAGUGAAAGUGCAGGCCACAGUUACCAAAAAGUAAUACAAGAAUAGAGACAUGUCCUUCCGUGAAAACUCGAAUAAAAUUCCUUUGGGGAGGCCGGCAUCUUCAUCUUCGAAACCAUCCAGUGGGUCAAGCCUACUUAAGCCUGCAUAUCUACGUGGUGGUGGUGGUGAAUCUAAUUCCAAUGAUGAUUACGAGCCAUUUACAAAUCACUACUUUCCCAAUUUUCCCAAUCCCACAACUGCAGCAGCUGUAUCCAGUGCUGUAGCUAAUAUAACAUCGUCAUUAAAACGGGAUAUCAGUCGGUCUCAUCGAUCCGGAUUUGAUGAUGAUAGUAAUGAUACCCGGGACUCUGGAGGAGAUCGGAAACGGAAGCGACGAUCACGCUGGAUGGGAUCAGAGGAUGAGAAGGCUGUUUUUCCAGGAAUGCCUACAAUUCUUCCUCCUGGGAUUGCUCCGGAUAAAGCUGAGGCUUAUAUAGCCCAACUACAAAUUGAAGAGUUAACAAGAAAACUUCGUACAGGAGACAUGGGGAUUUCGCCAAAUCCAGAAGAAAGAUCACCAUCACCGGAACCGAUUUAUUCAACUGACGGCAAAAGGUUAAAUACUCGAGAGAAUCGAACACGAAAGAAAUUAGAAGACGACAGGCACAAGCUUAUCCAAAGAUUACAAGAGCUGAACCCAGAUUAUAGACCACCCCAAGAUUAUAGAACUCCUGUUGUGAAAAUUGUUCAAGAGGUUCCGAUUCCUCAAGAAGAGCAUCCUGAAAUAAAUUUCGUGGGACUUUUAAUUGGACCCCGAGGUAAUACUUUGAAGUCACUAGUAAAAGAGACCGGGGCGAAAAUCAUUAUUAGGGGGAAAGGUUCGGUAAAAGAAGGGAAAGUUGGUGGGAAAGCUGGACAACCUUUACCAGGAGAGGAUCAGCCUCUUCAUGCAUAUGUAACGAGCAAUAACCCAGAGUCUGUCAAAAAAGCAUGCGACAAAAUUCGCGAGAUAAUUCGCCAAGGAAUUGAAAUGCCUGAAAGUCAAAAUGACUUGAGAAAGAAUCAACUUCGUGAAUUGGCCCUGUUGAAUGGAACAUUGCGUGAAUGUGAAGGACCGAAAUGCAGCAAUUGUGGAUCAACGGCCCAUCGGACGUGGAAUUGUCCGGAUAAACCUAACUACACCAACAGUGUUGUCUGUACCGUUUGUGGCGGAGCAGGACAUUUAGGAAAGGACUGCAAAUUGUCACGACCUGGAGCCGCUGUACCUUUGGCUGUUAAUUAUGAUGACAAAACCAAAAUAGACGAAGAAUAUCUGUCCUUGAUGGCUGAGCUUGGAGAAGGCAAAGCCGAAACAGGACAUCGACCAACUGGUGGAAGUGGUUGUGGAUCACGAUUUUCUAGUGGUGGACUAUUUGACAGGUCAUCAGCUCCUAAGGCACUCAUGUCCACUGGCUCACAUCAUCAACAUCAACCGCCAGUUCCACCACCAAGUGUUGGAGCCGCACCUCCUCCAUUGCCUCCAAUGAUGCCACCAGGAAAUGCACCACCACCACCACCCCCUGGCACUUCCAUCCAACCUUCUCCUCCAGGAAUGGGAUGGAACAGUUCGUAUCCUCCUCCUCCUCCACCUGGAUAUCACACCCCUUGGACUGGGUGGGGUGGUCCAUCUCCACCAAAUCAACCUCCACCACCGGGCAUGUAAAAUUUCUCUGAUGAAAAACAUUUGUUAUAAUUUCCACAUUUUCAAACCACUUGUAAAUUGUUAGACUAUACCAUUGUAUAAUUAGUUCGCGAGUAUGUUUGUUUUAUGAAUAAACCGUUGGUUGGAAUUCUUCAAAAUUAUAAAAUU